ACUCGCGCGUCGUUACGUUGAAGUCUAGGGGAGAGGACGGUGCAGGGAGAGUUUGCUAGACAAAGGAGGUGCUACAAAACUAACAGUUUUGAGUCUGAGGGACGCGCUUGACAGAGACCGGACGACACAAGUGUGCAACACCAGCAAGUGACAUCCUCCCACCUCUCCCCUGGUUCUCUGGUGCAUGCAGAAACGGCCACUCACUCGUGCCUCCCAUUACAUUACAUCACAUCAGCAUUUGCACUGAACUAAGCUAUACUCAUUACCAAAGAAGGUUUCUGACACAGAUCAUGCAAAUCUGAGCAAGUCAGAAGCAGAAAGAGAGGCAAACACUCAAACGUGAAACACUGCUCACCAUUGCCCUCUUGGCUUGACAAGUUCCUGUACCAGCAAAAACAGAAUAAGCUUGAGUUCUUGAAACAAUUCACGGGGUUGUUCAUCAUGGCCUCCAUUGCCAAAUCCUCUGACCUCGAGAUCCCAGACAACCACAAAGAGAGCUGGUUGGCUUUGCUUGCUGCGGCUGAAGCUUACAGCCAAAAGUCUGGCUGUGAUUUGGCCAUACUGACCGCCGGUAAGAAGUUCUUUCCUUCUGCUGCGGAGGGAGACCCUGUGAAGAAACAUGAGGGGGGAGGAGCCAUGCCCCCGGGAAGCAAGAACUGGGAUUACACCUAUCACGUCUGGGGUCAGGGGGCCCUGGCAGAAUCGUCACAGAGAUACAUAGACGAUAUUGCCGUGCUCCACUCUACCACCGUGCUGACAGCUCACAGACAUGCCCCCCUCAGCUCAGAAGAGGGAGGGGCCAAGCCCCCAGACAGGGUGGCCUUUAUUGGUGAUGGAGGUGCUGGGUCCAUAAGUCCAAGUGCAAGACUUUAUUCGCAGAGCUAUCCGUCAAUCUACAGCCAGGCGACAGUGAUUGGUCAACCUGUGGCUCAGAAAGGGAAUAAUGAACGGGAGAGAGACAGAGCCAUUCUAGAGGAGGUGGAGAGGGCUAGAGAGAGAGCAGGUAUCGCAGACCUGGAGGAAGAGGAAGAGGAAGGAGAUGAUCUGGAUGGACAGAGGCGCAAUUUGAAUGAAUCAGCCGGUGUGUUUUCUAUGGACGAGGACUCACUUUCCCAUGACUAUGAGCCUUUCUUUGAGUCGGAUGGGGAAGAGGAGAGCACUGACGGCUCUCUGAGUGAGGAAGCCCCUCCCCCUUCCCGAGGCCUGGCGAUGGGACUUCCUGCGCUGGCAUCCCGGCCGUCUCACCCCGUAGCUCUGGCACGCUCUCUGCCUGUGUCCGUGCCUGUGUGGGGCUAUAGGACCACCCGCGCCCCACCUGGAGAGCCCCACAGUGGUGAACGGGUUGCCUGCGCAGACCUGGACCACAUAGCUGCUAGCAUGAAGGCUCUGCUUACUCCGGCAGCCACGGAUGGCACUGAGAUGUUCGGAGCCUUGCCCAGGCCACGCCUCAACACGGGCGACUUCUCUCUUAAGCACUGAGAGAGUCCUGCAAGCCAGGCAUGUGUGCGUGUGCGUGUGCGUGUGAGAGGUAGGGAGGGGAAAGAGGGAGAGGUUUGCAUGUAAAGUAAAGUGAGUAGAGAUGGUGCUGAAUGACAGAUAUGGAUGUAAAAAAAAAAAAAAGUGCCGAGUCCAGACGUGGUUUUUUUUUUUUGUUGUUGUUUUUUUGUUGUUGUUUUUUUUUAAGGAAACAAAUCACGUUAACCCUCUUUCUGCCACUCAGAAAGGAUUAGUCAUUUAAAGUGCUGAUCUCUGGUCUGAACUGUUUUCCUCAGCGCAGCAUUAGGAUGUGGGAGGCCGUGAAAUUUAGGCCACUUUCCCCUCCGUGCACCAGCACCUUCCUUAAAGCUUCAGUCACUGACUCUUAUUUGCCACACUUCUCAGAGUAACAGCGCUGUUGUAUCAAAUGCAGUUAUAUGGCCACAGAGAAGCUGACCCAUAUCGCAAUGAUUUUUGUUGCUUGAUUUAAUAUGGGCCGUUAUCAGGUCUGUGUAGGGCUGGGGUGGCACCAGAGAGAGAUGGGAGAGAAGUCAGGGCUGUUAUUUUUUUUUCUUUUAAAAAAAGUUUUUUUAUGGUAUUAUUUUAAUUUUUUUCUUUUAGCAAUGUUUCAGCUAAUCUAAACAUUAUAAGCAUUGUGAAAUACUCUUUUUCUAACCCAUGUACGAUGGGGAGGGAAAGUCGCAUGUUCCUAAAGAUGAAACAUGAAAAAUAAGACAAAUGGAGAAAUAAUGUGGCCAAUCAGAUCAGGUCAGAUCACUCAACUGAACAGUUCUCAUUAAUGUUGAAAAAUAGUUAGUUCUACCUAAGUACAAUUAUGAAGGCUACUAUUAUUCUAACCCAAAUACCAAGUGUUUUGUUUUCUUCACACUGAAGGCUACUGUUCUAACCCAAGCAGCAAGUGUUUUUUCUGUUCUGAUUUAUUGCAGCAUAUGGCUUAACCAAACAUGCACCGGUGGAUGAAAUCAUGAGCGCAACGCCAAUGCUAAACGGUCAUUGUUUGCUUCCAUCCGUUGCUUGCAGCACUAGUAUUUUUGCCUGGCCUGUCUCUUUAAGAAUUGACACAUCCAUUGCCAAGUCCCAGCAGCAGGGACUCCGUUCUCUGCUGCGUUUUCCCCAGUCCAACACAUCCGAUUCAGCACAUGGCUGGCCGGCUUCUCGCUAGCCGCUGAGUUGAAUGGCGUGUGUUAAACUGGGGAGCCCUAACCCCAGAGUUUCCCCACCACCCAUGGCUGGUGUCGGGAGCCGCUGCUCAGGACGUGCGAUGUCACACAAGGGGAUCGUGAGAGGGCAAGGGCCACUUCCGUUCGACAGCCUCUGCCACGCGUCGCCUCCUAGUGGUCGUUAAUCGUUGACUCCAGUGUGUGAGGGUCAUAAAUACUGUGAUUAGCGCCACUAAGAGCCGUGGGGCGGAGUGCAGUCACCGAGCACUGCUUGCAGCUGCUGUCGGUCGCGUAGGAACGCUGAGAGCUCACACCGAUCUGGUACAGGAUGAUUUCAGGGCGAAUUAUUAUUAUUUUUUUUAUGUUAGUAAACACUAUACUUUGAACUCUACACUACAUUUCUUAUGAAGGACAGGAUUGGUCAAAUUGGCUAUAUUUCUACUAUGAGUUAUUACGAAUGAAACCACACAUGCAUGCGCACACUCGCGUAAACACGCGUGCACACACACACAAACUGACAGUAAGAACUCCUUGUUCUUGAAACUUAAAUUGUGAAUCAGUGAUUUCCAGUGUAAACCGUCUGCUCCAGGGCUGGGUGUUUGGUUCAGGAGGUUUUGACACUGUUGAACUUUGAGAACAUGAAUGUUAGGCUGUUCCGCCUGCAGCUGUACAUUAUGCUGUAGGUAUUCUGGAUUAGAACUGUUCAAUGGCUUCAAAUGAUCAGGCAGUGUGUAUGGAAACGUAUGGUGGGAACUCCUGAUGUCAAUCUUAAACAUUUCAGAUCUUUUCAGUGUUUAAGUAAAUGUGUUUUAAAUAAACCAGUAAUUUGUUGAAAAA